AAGUUUCAUCACGUGAUAUGGACGUCUCGCCUCUUAUGUGGUUGUACUUUUUGUUAUAAACAAAUGAUAAAUUACGACAUUAGUCCACUCUCCAGGAUAUUCUUGUCACUGGUACUGUGAGUUUGCUACUCUAAGCAACAAUCAUGAGGGUCUCCACAAGCAAACUCCAGCAGAUGGCCAUCUACACCACCUUGUUGACUGGUGCUGGAUGCGGCACAAUGUAUUACCUGCUGCAAAAGAACUUCUCACGGUCGGACUACCACCGUCUAGCCCUGGAGCAGCUGAAAGCCAACCAGACAGCCAUGGACAGUCUGGGAGCACCACCCCUGAAGGUCCACAACAUCCACCUGUCUGACCGACACAACCGGGUGGAACCUUACACGGCUGAGAUCAAAAUCCCAGUGACAGGAUCUAAAGAUGGUGGCUACCUCUACACAUCCUCAGUAAGAGACCCCCAAACACUUGGGUGGAAUUUAACGCAGGCAGUGCUGCAGCUUAGAGAGGGUCAGCGUAUUGACCUUCUCACAUUCACACCACCGCCAAAUAAGACAGAAGGACUUGAGACAGGCAACUGGUCCUCCUGAUCUGCUCACCAGUCACCAAAACUACAGUGUGAUGAAGGUAGAACUGCUACAAUUGUCCCCAUGUCAUCAGGCAUGGUGUCGCCAUAGCUUUAUGAAUUGAAGUGUCAUAUUUGAAAAAAGCACCAGAGUGCAGUGCUGGACACAUAUUUAGACAAAAGGGCAUACACAAGCUACUGUGUACAUAACAUUUACAUACAGGGAAAAUGAAAAAAGUGCUACGUCCAUAAAAUGUCAUGCAUAUUCAUUUUGCUCAGCGCUGUCCUGAGUAAAAUGUUCAUCCUACUGGUGAGAAUGAAAGGACAAUAACAGAGCAGCAAUUGUGUCAUAUGCAGUGGAAAACAACAACAUAUUCCUAGUAUAAUACAAUGCAUCUGAUGAACAUUUCUCCAGAUUAACAAUGUAAAUUGGCAGUGGUGGGGAACCUACUCUGAAAAGAGUUUACCAGCCACCAAUUACGUUAAGUAAACUAUAUUACUCAAUCUGCAAUGUCAUAGAAUAUAAAUAGCAAGAACAGAUAACUCUGUAAUAAGAUGUUAACAGAAUGUGUAAUUUAUCCUAUUAAACACAAAAAAAUGUUGUUUCAAGUGGGAAUUAGCCAGGUCUGAAAAUUAAGGAAAUUCUUGCCUACUUCACCCAUAUUUUAUUUUUGCAAAAAAAGUAGUGUUUCAUUCCAUUAGUUACCUACACCACUAGAUGGCAAUAAAGUAAUUAACUAUUGAAAACACUACAAAUAUUUGAAUUUAGUUGCACUACCACAAUGUGCAAAAUGUAGUUUAAUUACUAACUGAACCACAUUUAGUUCAGUACACCCCAACACUAGUAAUUGCUUAGUCCAAAGCCAUAUCUUAAUAUCCAGCACUUGAGAAACACUUAGGCAAUGGUUCCAGUUGUACUGUACAGUAUCUGAACAACCAGAAAUGUUGUCUCCCAAAGAGGUAUUGUUCUAUGUUUUCAGAUUGAUUUAUUCGGAUGUGACAUUUGACAGUGAAAAUGAGAUCUGUAAAACGUGGAAAAUAAACGUGGAAAUAAACAGUCAAAUGGCUUUAUACAAGUUAUGAUAGCAAAAUAAAUUGUACUUGUGAA